AUGGCGAUGUAUGGGACGGGGGAGGAGGAGGGGGGCCGAGGUCCGAGGGCUCCAGUAGCGGGGCCGACGAACUCCAUGGUGUCGCCGCUCCUUAAUGAUCUCUACCAGUUCAGCAUGGCUUACGCCUACUGGAAGGCCGGGAAGCACAAAGAACGCGCCGUGUGAGUGAGACUAGUCCCACUGCCCUGAGGCCUUCCCGCACGGAAGUUGAUUGAGGUUAACCGGAGCUGAUUGGGGUUGGGGAGAACCUCCGUUCGUUGAGUGGGGCACUGCUUUUUCAGUAUCGUGGUUAGGACUGGGGGAGACUGUAUCGGAGUUCUUCUUUUCUUUAAUUUUCUACCUUCCCUUGUGUUCUUGGAGAUCUUUCGGAAAGAAUGUGGCCUGUUAUCGUUCUCGAUUUCCACUCGCCGUCUGCUCGAAUGGGCGACCUGUUUCCUCCUUUGACGGGAUAUUUGAUGUCUUCUCAGGUUUGAUUUGUUCUUCCGGAGGAAUCCAUUCGGGGGUGAGUACACCAUUUUUGGCGGUCUCGAUGAAUGUAUCCGUUUUAUUGCCAAUUUCAAAAUCGACGAUGAGCAGAUCUCAUUCUUGCGCUCUGUAAUGCCAAAUUGUGAGGUAAACUCAUUAUUCUUUCUCGAGCACUUGUUCUUUCCUUGUACAUUCAUGUAGUCUUAAUAAUUCUUGCUAUUGUUCUCCCCGAAGACAUGGGCGAGAUAAAGGGCUAUGGAACAGAAAUAGCUGUCUUGGAACUCAGCAGUUUAUUCCAACUGUCACUUGGACUUUGACAAAGAUGUAAUUUUUCUGACUGUUAAUUUUCCGGUGGUCAGGCAAAAUUAUAAACACUCGAUUCCCAGGAUAAAAUCUGAACUUGUUCUUAAGAUCCAUGCAAGCAGAAGUUUGCGUGGGCAUAGAAUUGUCUGUGAAAUAUGGAUGCUAACAGUCAUGCAGUAAUAGGGGAAGAAGAAAGAUAAAUCGGGUAGUUAAAGAAGGUAGGAUUCACCAACUGAGCUAAAAAAUUCGCAUAAAAGCAAAAUAAGCCGAAAAGGGGAAAAAGCCACCCAAGCCUACAGUUUAAACUUUACUUAUUUUCCGUUAGUAAUAUUUGAGUUGGAUGUUGUAGUCUCCCCUAGCCUGCGCAUGGAUUUGCUCCUUUUCUGUGGAAUGCAGAGUGCGGGCAUCUAUAUAGACUUCUGGCUGAGGCACUUUCCAUACAAUUCGAAGCAAAUCUGCUACUAUUAUGAUGUCAACAAAGUUAAAGAAAACAGGUGUGUGAUUUUAGUUUUAUUUUUAUGUGAAGGACUAGAGCAAGAUGAAUAUGCUUGAUCUCUUGCAAGAGGGAGAAAUAAAUAUAGCUCGUUGUGCACAAACAUGCAUACAGUUUCAGUUUCUUUAAAGAAAAUCAUGGGCUGACAACUAAAGUGAGCUUUAUUUUUCAAGUACUUGACCUGCCAGACUAGUCUUUUCUUUUCUCUGGGAAAAAGUGAUAAUGCUGUUUACUUUGUACCGGGCUAAUUCAAAAAUAUUUGGAUUGGUAUGCUUAUGUAAUUGUUCUAGCACAAACAAUCUCACCAACGAUGACCAGUUCCUGUUUUACUACCUUCUCCAGAUCAUUCCAUGACGUUAUACCUCAUUUUGUCCCAGAUGUGUAAUUCCAUGACGAUGACCAUUGAUGACUGAAAGUUUUCUUCUCGCAGAAUGCAUUCUUCGAUUAUCUUAGGACUAUUGAUUGCUGUGAUGUUGAGGUUUAUGCUAUUCCUGAAGGCUCUGUUGUUUUCCCCAAGAUCCCAUUACUGAGAGUUGAAGGACCAGUUGCUGUGAGUAUUAUUCUCUGGUCUUUGCUGAGUCCAUGCCCAGUGUCUGAAUUUUUUCAUGGCGCUUCUCUACAUCAUGUUUAAUGUUUAGCUACCAUCUAUUUUCAUUUCGCAUACAGGUGGUUCAACUUCUCGAAACUCCAUUUGUAAAUCUUGUGAAUUUUGCUUCACUUCUGACUACAAAUGCUGCAAGACAUCGUCUUGUUGCGGGAAAAUCCAAACUUCUACUUGAGUUUGGGCUUCGACGGGCUCAGGUGGGACGUUUUAAAUCCCUAAUAGCCCUGAAAUGCUCUCUUGACGUGCAUGUUAAUAGCCCUGACUAUAUUUAAUACAUAGGGACCUGAUGGUGGAAUAAGUGCAUCGAAAUAUUGCUACAUGGGUGGAUUUGAUGCAACGAGGUAAUUUACUGAUUUCUGCGCACCCGGGAUUCUGCCAUUUCACGGUGUUAUCGAUUUUUUUUUUAGUUUUAGUAAAAAAAUACGUCUUGAAUCUACAGCACAGUCAAGUGACUAAUCAAAGUAUUUCCUUGUCGAAAAUUUCCAGCAAACUUAUUUUAUUAUACUUUUUCCCUGGCAUCUCAUGACCAUCCUCAUUCGAAAUCUGUACUUCAUCUUUUUGUAGCUAAAUGGCUACCUGUUUGUGUUUGUAAUAUUAUAAACUCUGGUCAAGUUUGUAUCUUGUUUCUAUUCGAAUUUAUAGGGUGAAAGUGAAGAUUAUUCCAACUUGUAACAUAAUAUGCCCUUUUAGAAUCACAGUAUUUUGCCCCGUUUAUACUAUUCCUCCCCUUGUAAUUAAAUGUGUAUUCGUACUCAAUUGACAGCAAUGUUGCGGCUGGAAGACUAUUCGGAAUACCACUUCGUGGAACUCAUUCUCAUGCCUUUGUUAGCUCAUUUAUGGUAGGCAUUUACUAUCGCUACUUUAAAUAUGCAUCAUCAAUAUUCUUCUUCAUUAUGAUUCUUUCACUGCGACUGUAACUUUCCUGUGUUAAUUGUUUUUUAUGGUUUUGCCCGUUUUCCACUUUUACCUGAAGGGUUAUGCAGUUGAUUAUUGGAUAGCCUUUUAUUUCUUUUCAGAAAGCUUUAAUGUAAGUCCUCACUAGAUAGAACCAAUAGAUUUCUGCAAGUUACAAAAUAGUGGAAGUUGGAAAAAAAAACUGUGCUUUGAUCACCUGAUGGCCAUUUAAUCUCUAUGUUUAGUGUGUGAUUUGGGUUUAAAUCCCCUUCAAGCUGUAGUUUUUCGCAUGUGCAGUCCGUUCCUUAUGCUCCAUAAUACAACUUUAAGUGUAAUGCAGUUGUAAAGCAGUAAGGUGUUACAUUUUUUAUCUGUUUUCAAGGGAGACAUUGCUCAUUUUAUUUUAGUUAACGGGGAAUGCAAGAACUUGCAUCUAUCAGGAAAUCCCGACCCAAACCCCAACGUGGAAUACAUAAUUUGAAAGGCAAAGCUGCUUAUGCGAUAUGGGAAAUUUGGGAUACCCCUUUCUCCGCUGUUCCAGAUGCUUAUAAAUUUUGGAAAUUAUUUUUUGUUCUUAGAGGAUGUGAUGAGGUUUGGAUAGCAGAUGGGCCGUAACAAAGCUAGUAAGGGAGUUGGUGGAGGAGAAUGGGGCUGCAUGUUGAACGAAUCUAAUUCUUUUUCAGAUAUUUGGAGUGAACAAUGUCCCGUGGGAUGACAAAAGGCGAAGAAAACAUCUGAGGAAACUGAUUCAAAUUAACACAAUGUGGCUCCUUCAUUUUAUUUUAAUAUGGUAUCUUUUUGGAAUGAGUUGGGAGUAGGAAUUUUAGUUGAAGUAGAGUAUGAUGAAUGUGUAUUUUUUAUGACCUUUCAAUAUUAUCGAUAAUUAGUGUGAUCUGUAUUUCGAUUUUCCUCUUACUGCAUAUUUACUUUUUUUUUCUCUUGUUUUGGAGAUUUAUGCAAGAUAAUUUUAGAUUAUAAAGAAAUUAUGAGUCAGGUGUAUCGAAGAAUUGCAAGUUCCAGUAAAAAAAUUCUCUAGAUAUUUGGUGGAUAAUAUAUUUGUUCGAAUGUGUAAAUGAAUUUAUAAACAUUAGAUUGGAAUUGGUUGAUCAUGGCCCAGUAGGAAGUGGGUCGCAUGCGAAAACAAAAUUAGGAAAGGGCGCCCCACAUUAAUCUGCAUUCUCUGCAUCACUCCAUGAUUAGAAAUUUAUGCUAGAUGGGGCUAUUCUGCUGAUGCAAUCUUAUCAGUUUUGAACUCUGUUACCCUUUCCUGAUUUUGUUUUCAUCCACGAUCCACUUCAUGGAGAAGCUCCUUGCAUCAGUCUGCAUUGGAGUAUAUUACCAAUAUCUUGUUGUAGUGAACCCUGAUCUUCAAGAUGUUUUUUCUACACAGACAUAAUCAAUGAGAAAUAUUUACUUUCUGGUGGAAGGUCAAUGAUCGAAACUCUUCCCUCAUGCCUUUGCAUAUGUCUGCCUGGGGGAGUAUGCUUUUUUGCUGUAGUAUAAAGUUGACGUCAAAUGCUCCCUGGGAUCAUUUCCAAAAUGUUUGUAACUUAUUUUGAAUGAUCUAUUGAAUGCUUCGUAUAAGCAUCUAUUGGAAUUCUGUCUCCCGUUAGACAAUGCUCUUAUACUGGUUUUUUCUCUCUCUCAAUAAAUUUGAUGUGACUACAAAUUUUGCUUGCGAUCAUCAUAUUUUUUGUUUUUAUUUAAAUCAUUUUUCACAAAAAAAACCAUUGGACUAGUAGUUGGAUGACAUAACAUGGAAUUUGUGUUCCACCUUCUGAUCUAAAGCAAUAUUAUGCAGAGCAUGGAUGAGAUCGUAGACAAGACCCUUAAAAGUCCUGAUGGAUCCCGUACUUGUGAAGAUUUUGUUAGUUUGGUACAAAACUGGUUCAGCAAGCUUCAAGUAAGUGAUGGAUCAAUUGCUAUCAUUAAGAGAAUAUACUUCACUGAUAUUAGUACGUUCCUUUGUAAUUUGUGGAUAAUAUUCAGAAUCUGCUUCAAUUCUUAUUCAAAGGAAAUUUUGUUGGUCAAGAUUUCCUGUCUUUUACAUUGUUGAGUAUGAUGGAUCCGAUCCAUUUCCAUGAGUUAUUCGUGCUUGUCAUAAACGUUCACCAAUAAAGUGAUGUUCUCCAUUCGCACAGUAAACUACUUUAUUGUGGACAUCUGCCUUUUGGUACCUUUACAUACCAUUCUAACUGAUAAUACUUGUGAAAACAAGACUCUAUUUGUUUUUUGGGCAGCUUCUGAACCAACCCACACCUACUUGUGAGACUCAGUUGCCUUUUUGUGGUUUCUGAAAGACGUGCUGAACAAAUUGCGUUGGAAUCCUUGAUUUUAUUCCAAACAUUGAGCCUUUCAGUCUCGCUAGUUUAUGAAAAAAUUGCUUAGUGGCUUUUGGUGGCUCAUACUAUCUCAUCUCUUGAGAGCCUUUUUUUAACCGGAUAUGGGAAGGAUAUUUGUGUUUUUUUUUUUAGUUUGAGAAGGCAGCAUAUAAUGGUUGUAAAUAAAUAAAAAAUAUAUCAUAUCCUUAGUGAUAGUAAAUUUUUUGGCAUGUAUGAUCAUAUAUUGUAUAACCUGAUUUCAAGGUGCAGAUAAGUUAGCUAUAAUUUCUGAUGGCCAGUAUUUCAAGGUGCGGGUAGGUCUUCUUUUCCACUGUGGUUUCUUGUAAUUCUUGAAUCCACGCAUGCUCUCUGUUGACGUGCGUUGUGCAUAACAGUUUUUUUGUUACAUCACCGCCCUGUUGUUGGUAUUUUUAUGUAUAACCUCGUUGUGCAAAUAUGCCUAUAUUAGAGAAUAUUUACGCCUUUAUGAAAGUGUGUAUUUUUAGUUCUGAAAAUAUUUAUUUCUCUGUUAUGCAUUUAUUCUUUAGUGGACAGAUAAAUUUCGAGGAAUUUUUGGUGAGACUAAUCAAAGUGAGCUGGCAGCAUUCACCUCUUAUGCAUUGGCAUUCCCUGAUAAUUUCCUAGCCCUUGUAGACACCUACGAUGUAAGUUUUUCUAUCAACAACCGAAUUUGUGUUUCUUACAUCAUUAAUGAUGGAUUUGUCACUUAAACGGCCUUCAGUUUAUGACUUACUUAAUGGGCUUAGAACUUGACCAUAAUUAGUUAUGUCGUCACUCUUAUUUCCGAUGGCUAAGCCUUCUAGUUUCUCCGAAUUUCAUAUCCAUCAUCAUAGGAAUUUCUUGCUUGAAAUCAGAAAAGGAAAUUUUUAAUAGUUAUGGCUUGUACUCUGCAAUGACUCUAGUACGUGAGGCCUUAAGCAGUCUCUGUUAUCUUGCUUUCAUGCAAAAGGAAGGCGGAUUGGGAUAAUUACACUAUUAUUGGGAUUUGUUAUGGAGACAGAUAAAUCAACAUCUAAAGCUAUGGUUUGACGUACAAACGUAAAAAAAUAUAACAAUAAUGAUAUAUAUUAGUCAAAACAAUCUUAUUCAGGGAAGGUGCUUUAAACUUAAUCCAGUUAUGUAGUAUGGAGCAGAUGACCAGUUAUCCAGUUAUGGCUUGAUGUUUUCUUUUUACUGAGUUUAAUGCGUCGAACCAUUUUUUUGCUUGAUUUUGUCGGAAAUAUUCAGAUUUAUGAAGAAUAUAAUUUUUUAUCUUUUUUUUUUAUGUGACUCGCUGGCUAUGAACGGAUGUUAAAAAUAGUGGUCAUAUUCCAAAGAAAAGGUGCCAUGAGAAAGCCAUUUGCCCCUAUAGAUCAUAAGUGACAUGUUAUCGUGCCUUUCUACUAUAUGGCCUUUGUUGAUUUAAUUUGAUUCGGUGAUCUUGGCCCAAGUUACCUGAAGUGAAUCGUUGUUUCUUCAUGUUAGAAGGAGAUUCUAAGCUAGAAAGUGGUGUUUAUCACCCACUAUAAGGGUUCAUCUGACGCUCUUUAUACCAGGUUAUGAAGAGCGGGAUCCCUAAUUUCUGUGCUGUAGCCUUAGCACUUAACGACAUGGGGUAAGUUCCUAGGCUUCUGAUUUUCCAAGAAAUAUCUCAUCGUUCGUUUUUAUUAUUAUUAUUUGUACUUUUCUGGGCCGCAGCUUUCCAAGUCAAAUUUCCUUCUCUUUUUGUUUUUUCGGCUUCAGUUUUUUUUCAUGGUUGUUUAUUUUUAUGAUUUAUUACCAACUUAGGAAGCAUAUAUAUGCUUCUGUAACACCCCGCCGUGCUGAAUUAUGCACAAACAGGUAUAAAGCCCGUGGAAUAAGGUUGGAUUCUGGUGAUCUGGCAUAUCAGUCCAUCGAGGGUCGGAAAAUAUUUUGUGAGAUAGAGAAGAAAUUCUCUGUGCCUGAUUUCGGGAAAAUGAUCAUCACUGCCAGCAAUGACCUCAAUGAAGAAACUCUCGAUGCAUUGAACAAGCAGGUGAGAAACUUGCAGGGCCAAUAAAGCAUUUCGAGCAGCUAUAUGUCUAAAAGUAAUAAAGUGUGAAAAUUUAUGUUUUCAAAGGAUUUUAGUUAUUUAUUUAUUUAUUUAUUUUCUUUUAUUGGAAGGGACAUGAGGUAGAUGCUUUUGGCAUUGGCACAUAUCUGGUGACCUGCUAUGCGCAAGCAGCUCUGGGCUGUGUUUUCAAGCUGGUGGAGAUCAAUAAGCAGCCACGCAUGAAGCUCUCGGAGGACGUCUCCAAGGUCAGCCUCGUCUUAAACUCAUCCUCCUGGUUUCCAAUGGCGGCCCAUCUCAGAGUUUUCUCUUCUCAGGUUUCCAUCCCGUGUAAGAAGCAAAUCUACAGAUUGUACGGAAGAGAAGGGUACCCAUUGGUCGACAUCAUGACCGGAGUAAAUGAACCACCUCCCAAGGUAUGCGAAUAGAGAAAUUAAUGGGCAUAAUUGAUUAAUCUCUCUCUCUCUCUCUCUCUCUCUCUCUCUCUCUCUCUCUCUCUCUCUCUCUCUCUCUCUGUCUGGUCGAUUAGCUCAGAAAUAUAAUGGCAUUAAAUUUACCAAUGUUGAUUUGCAGGUAGCAGAACGGAUCCUGUGUCGCCAUCCAUUCAAUGAAUCCAAGAGGGCGUAUGUUGUGCCUCAGCGGAUUGAAGAGCUCUUGAAGUGUUAUUGGCCAGGGGAUUCACGUGAGUACCUGCUCGCCUUUUUUUCACAAUUUACCAAGUUUUCUUUGAGCACUAAUAUUUAUUGAUCUACAUGUCUCUAUAUUUUUACUAAACCCGGUGAAUCGAUACUCAUUUCCAUAAUCACACGAUUUAUUUAUUUAUUUAUUUAUUAUAAUUAGGGACUACUCUGGAAAAUUAUUUUCUCUAGGAUUCUCAACCCAAUAAACUCCAAAAUUUUACUUACGUGCUUGGACACAACCAGAACUUACUAAUUCCCUCACAUUAUCCAGUUUCUGCAGAGAAUCCAUGGUAUUCUGUUUCCUUAUAAAUACACUCACAUAUAUACUCCUGUUAAAUUAUUUGCAUUAUAGUAUUUUAGAAUUUAAUUAUUAAUAUAAUGUGUGUGUGUGUGUGUCUGUGCAUAUUCCAGUUAUCAGCAUCCGGUAGAGAUUUUUUUCCCCUUCUUAACUGACAUUAAUAUUAUUUCCUACUUAUGUCUGUAUGGAUAUAUAUAUAUAUAUAUGUAUAUAUAUAUAUAUUCCAAGUUCUCUGGAUUGGGUGGAGAUAUUUGGCUACGAAUGUGAAUUACUGGGAGAAAUUUUCCUAGUUAAUUGACAUGAUUUUUUUCCAUUACGAAGAUAAAACCAGAGAAGAGCUGCCCUCUCUCCAGAAGAUCAGAGAGCGCUGCAUUCUGCAGCUGAGCCAGAUGCGUCCUGAUCACGUGAGGAGACUGAACCCCACGCCCUACAAAGUCGGUGCCCCACUUCCCUCUCUCUCCUGCCCUCCUCUGCUGGUUGCAGUAAUUAACAAUGUUUCUCUCUCUUACGUCAGGUGAGCGUCAGCGCGAAGCUGUACGAUUUUAUUCAUUUCCUCUGGCUCAGCGAGGCGCCGGUCGGGGAGCUUCAGUAA